ACAGAUCUCAGUACCUCACUGUCUCAUUCCCUAAACUGGAACAAUGAUCGCACUCAUCACCACUCUUUGCCUGCUUAAUACAGUGAAAACUGACGUCUCUGGGCUUCAUGUAAAAACUGUGAGGAGUGGAAACAAUGUCAUCAUAAAAUGUGAUGAAAACAUUACCGGAUACAUCAAAACUCAUGAUUUAGCUUGGUAUAAGCAGAGUUUAGGAAAAGUGCCAGAGCUUGUGAUGAGAUUGCUUGGAAAAGAAAGAACGCCCAGAUUUACUUCACAUUUUAAUGACGGCCGCUUCACUGUGGCUGAAGAAGUAUUUGAUCUCAGUAUUAAAGGAAUAAAGGAAGAAGAUGCUGGAACAUAUUUCUGUGGAAAAGUAAAGGCGAAUGUUAUAGAGUUUGGAUCUGGGACUCUUUUGUUUUUUCAAGCUGAGGAGAUCCAUCAUCCUGCGACUGAAAUGGUGAUCAAGACUGGAGAGUCUGUUACUCUCCAGUGUUCAGUAGAGUCUCUCACUCCAGACUGUUCAGGAGAUCACAGUGUGUACUGGUUCAGACAUGGAUCAGGAGAAUCUCAUCCAGGAGUCAUUUACACCCAUGGAAACAGGAGUGAUGAGUGUAAGAAAAGCUCUGAGACUGAUUCUCCUACACAGAGCUGCGUCUACAAACUCCCCAAGAGAAACCUCAGCCUCUCUGAUGCUGGAACUUACUACUGUGCUGUGGCUGCAUGUGGGCGGAUAGUGUUCGGAAAACAAACUAAAGUUAAUGUACAAGAAAAUAAUAAUAGUUGGAUUGUUAUCACAUUGACAAUACUGAACGUGAUAUCUGUUAUGGUGAUCAUGGUUUUGAUUGGAUUUCUACUUAGGAGUCAACGAAAUGGUGCUACAAACGACCAUCCAAGCCACACUGAUCAGGCUGAGGACACAGAAGUCUUAAACUAUGCUGCCCUGGAUUUUGCGAAGAAACCUCCCUCCUCCAGAAAGCAGAAGCAAAGCACGAACGCAGAAAAUCAAAGCAUGUAUUCCCAGGGACCACCAUCCCAGUCUUCCAGUCCCAGUGGUACUAUUCCGAAGGUCCAUGCGACAUUGCAGAGGCAUGUCAGCCAUGCCACCCCAACAACAUCCAAAGACUUGGCAAUUGGCAAUUCCAGGCAAAUCUUGUUCACCCCUGGAGCCUUGCCACCAAGGACCUUGCCAACUACCUCAGAGACCUCCACUGGAGAAAAGGAGUCUUACACCCCAGAUGCCUCUUGCCCUGACUCCCAUGAGGGAGACUCAGCGAAGUCACUCUAA